AUGAAGUUCAACAUCGCUUUGAGUUUUGCUGGAGUCAUACUUCUCUACAUAGCAAGUUCCCUCUGCCAGUUAGAUGUAUGUGGUCGAGCCCCCCUCAACAAUAAGAUUGUUGGAGGGGGGAGGGCAAAAGCAGCGGCUUGGCUGUGGCAGGUCAGCAUUCAUGUCGUCGGCUUUGGCCAUCACUGUGGCGGGACUCUCAUCACUAAAGACUGGGUUUUAUCUGCAGCUCACUGCUUCCAGAGAUUCGGUGUGUCUAACAUUGUGAUGUACUUCGGGCAUCUGCGCCAAUCCGGCUCAAACCCUUAUGAGACAUCCAGGACAGCGGGACGAAUCAUCACCCAUCCUAAUUAUGAUGAUUAUAGUCUUGACAAUGAUAUAGCACUGAUCCAGCUCUCCUCUGUGAAUUUCUCUGAUUACAUUAGGCCGGUCUGUCUGUCUACUGCUAAUAGUACAUUUGCUGCAGGUACAGAGAGCUGGGUCACUGGAUGGGGCAGGCUACAACCUGGAGAUGAGUGA